CGCCACCAAUCGCUUGCCGUACCUCUUGUCAGUUUCUCGUGAGAAGUGUCGUUUCAAAUCGCCUUAAAAUCCCGAGUAAAAACAUAUACCUGUUUCCGUUCACGCAACAUGACAAAUAAUUUCGGAAAGUCCAGUCCGAUGUCAGCACGCUGGUCGUGAAUCGUUAGAAAAAUGAGUCGUUGAUGAAACGUAACUUUCGUUGAUGCGGACGGGCGAUAUCAUUAGGGCGGCGUUUCCAAUGGAGCCGGCGCGUGCGAGAGCAGAAAGAUAAUACUCGACAGUGUAUUAUCUCUCGCACGUAUUAUUUGGUCCCGGUUGUCGUUCUGCGUGUUCUGCGGGCGGCUCCAUCAAAGCGAGACAACCUUUGAGGACACUCUGAAAAAGUUCGUGUGUAAUUUACUGUCCUAGAAAGGGACAUCGACGUAUGCUACGGUUGAAGGUAAAUAGAAAUAUCUUACCACGGUGGCACUAACUCUCGAUACUCCUAACCGCCGUCGACGGCCACUCUCCGUUGGUCCGAAAGACGGCACGAAAAUUCCGCGAAAAACAGAUAUUGGAAUUAGUCGCGAGUUCCCAUAAUUAUCAGUUAUUUAUUUUAAUUUCCUAGAAUUUGAUAGCUUAUAGAAAUGUUUUCUGAAGGGAGAAGAAGAUAUAAAAAUUUGUCAAGCAUGUCACCACCGAAAGAUCCAGAGGUUCUGUGGUCAGAUAUAGCCAGCCGUAUUUUGAUAAAUGUAGUUUCUCAUCCUAUGGAAUAUGCCAAGGUCCUGAUACAGAUUGGACAUGAGCCUAUUCCACCAAAACAAACUGUAACUUUAUUUGGGAAACCAGCAUUAAAAUUGCCUAAUAUUUUUGCAUAUGUUAAACAUAUAAAAAAAGUGGAUGGUUUCACUGGUUGUUACAAAGGUUUGGUGCCAAAGCUGUGCUCCUAUACAGUCAGUACAAUAGCAUCUCAAAAGACUGCAGAGUAUCUGCAGUUGGAUGUGGUGCAAAACGAGGAUGAGGACGAGGAGGACGAAAGUGUGAGACGUUGGAGAUGUAUACGUGAGCUUACGAGGGACACAAUUAGUAGAAUAGUUGCGAUUGUGGUUAGUCAUCCUCUAGAAGUCAUUUCGUUAAGGAUGAUGGCGCAAUUUGUAGGUGGAGAAAUGAAGUAUAGUGGUGUAUUGAACUCGUUUGUGGAGAUCUACAGGGAGAAUGGUUUUAUGGGAUACUACGCAGGAUUGGUACCACGUCUCAUAGCAAAUGUCUCAGUUUUGGUAUUAGCUAGUACCUCAACGUACAUCCUAAACAAUUACGUCGUUCAGGAACAAGCAAUGAAAGCGUACACCGCAUCAACUAUGAAAUUCCUGGCUACGACCGUCACGUAUCCGUUUUUGGUAGUCUCGCAUUGCAUGGCAAUAAAUAAUUGCGGAUUAGUAGCAGGUAUGCCGCCGCAGAUGCCGAUCUACAAAGACUGGCUGCAUUGUUGGUCCCAUCUAUCAGCCAACAACCAAUUAAAGAGAGGUAGCAGCUUGUUAUGGCGUUACUACACUGGACCACAAGUACUAGUGAAUGGCAAGCUGGUACCGAUCAUGAGUGAUGCUUUCUUCCAAUCGGUGCAGUAAUGAGAAUAUCUGGAAUGAGUUGAAUGGAAAGCUGUUACCAAACCGCAUAUCGACCGAUAGAUAGAAGACACGUAACGAUGUUGUGUUAUUCAUUUCACAAAGCUAGUUGCAGUUUGCUACUUUUAUGUCAUAAUAACUCAUAUGAAUUAAAUUUGCGAAAAUCGGCUUCUCUGUGAAGGAGAGUUAACGUGAUUCUUCCAAAUUAAAUACUGACGGAUUAUAUAACAUAUACAUAUUUAUAUAUACAUAUUUAAAUAGCGAUCAAAUAUGUGUACUUAUACAUAUUACCUUCGUCUAUCUAUCGUUCUUUCUAUUUAUAAAAUCUGACGAUUCGCAAGAAAUAAUUACUGAACAAAUUAUGUAAAAGAAGCAACAUGUAUAAAGUGUACUAAUUUAAAGUUUUAUCAAUUUUUAAAAGUUUCGUAUUAUUGUUGUAUUGAAAGAUAUAAUUAUUUUUACUAUAAUUAUCAAAACUUCGAAUUAUAUUAUUAGUUAUAGACAAUGGUAAAACGAGAACCAGAAAAUUUUACUAAUCUAAACAGAUUCGGUUUUUAUUUUUUGUUAUAUGAAAAAAAUUCUAACAUCUCUAUUUAUGCGGUACGUUCUUCUAUCGAGUCGUUGCAUUUGCAAUAUUUCUCAAGUAUCAGAUACAAAUGUUAUAAAAAGGAGUGCACUUUUUACGCCAGUGUUUGUUAGGAAUAGUAUUAAUGUAUCGAGUUUUUCACAUUCAUGUUUGUACAGCGUAUAUAUAGUUUUACAGUACGUAGCGAUAAAAAGGGACAAAAGAAACAUGGCAACGAUGGCAACGAAUUUUCACAUAAAAUCGCGCGAGAAUCUCUCACACAUUAAAUGCCCUUGGAUUGCGUUAUUCUGGAUGUAUAACUAUUAACGUAUAAUUAUUUGAAUCGUGUUUGCGGAAGAAAUGUAAAACAUGUACUAUACUUUUAUCGCGAAGUUUAUUGGAAAAGUGCACGAACGGUGAAUUAAUGACAUAUUAAGAUCCUUAUUCUGAUCUCUCUUUUAUCAAUUAGAGAGUGCUCAGAAUGAAGGUCUAAGCCUCGAGGUAACAUCACGUUGAAUCAUAGGAAAUAUAAUAAAUAGAAAUACAUUCGGAAACAUGAUGAGUUGACUUAAUUUUUCGUGUAUAUAUAUAUAUAUAUAUAUAUAUAUAUAUAUAU